ACAAAACGAAAAAAAGGGGAAAAAAAUGAUUUGCGAAAAAAAUUAGUGGUGUUCAUUCUUAGAGCCAUUGUCAUAGAGAAACAGUAACACCGCUUAGAAAACCCUCCACCGGAAAAUGGCGACUUUCACAAAUCCAUCUCAACUUCUUCCACUCGAGUUGGUUGACAAGUGUAUAGGAUCAAGAAUUCAUAUAGUUAUGAAGAAUGAUAAAGAAAUUGUAGGAGUACUUCUGGGAUUUGAUGACUAUGUCAAUAUGGUAUUAGAAGAUGUAAUUGAAUUUGAAAGUACUCCAGAAGGAAGACGUGUGACAAAAUUGGACCAGAUUUUAUUAAAUGGAAAUAACAUUACCAUGUUGGUACCAGGAGGGGAAGGACCUGAAGUCUGACCUAUGUUUGAUAAUUGUAUGUGUGCUGGAUGGAGAGAUGCAAUAGUGAAGAACAGGCAUUGUGAAGAAAUGGAGAAAAUAGUUUAACAUUAAAACAAAAACAUGUGGGAAACACUUAUUUUUAUGUAAUUCAUUAUAUUUUUUCUUUAUGGCUUGAGCAUCAAAUUACAGAGAGAUGUAAGCUAUUGUAUAUGUUACGAUCUUUUAUGUUAACAAAAGAAUAAGAUUACCGCUCAGUAAAUAGAACUUUAAUAAACUCUAAAGCAGAAGGAUACCUUGACUUUCACAGUGUUUUUGUGUGUAUAUAAAUCUACAUGUGUAUAUAAUUAUGUACAAUGUAUAUCUGUGUUUGCAAGAAAUAUCAAAAUUCUAAUUUUGUUCUCAAGUGCUUUGUUUUAUUAUAAAAAGAUAGGUAAAAUCAUAAAAGUGUUCUUUGAUUUAUCCAGCUUUUGUCUAGUUUAAUCAUGUUUUUAGAUUAUUUAAAGGGUUUCAUUCUUACUUUUUCCCUGAGAAAACAGCAUUUAUAAUGAAGUUAUGUUUUGCUGAUAACCAUGUGACGUCAUCAUAGGCUAACCAUGU